AUGUGUAACUGUGCCUUGACCCCGCAGGUCCCACACAUAUAUGCAAUGCAGCCGGGCAGGGGGCGAGGGCUGACAGCUCCCGCGUGCCCUCCGGGUCCCGCCAAGCCCCUUCUCGGGCACCUCUCUUUCUGCCGGAGCUGGCCGGGCCCCACUGCAUGCACCUCGACCCCCCGAAGCCAAAGCGCAGCCCUGCCCCGGCCCCGCUAUAACCAAAGGAUCCGGCGGUUCGUAUUAAAGUUGGUAUUUCUUUACGCUGCGGCUGCUGUGUUGGGGCUGAGGCUGGGUGGCGGCCGUGCACCCCUUCGGGCUUCGCACGUGGUUCCUUCCGCCCCUCUCCGAGCCGCCAUCAUCGCUCCUUCCAUCCCCUGCGCCCCUUCCUGCGCUUCCUUCCUUCCUUCCUUUCCCCCCCGCUCCUGCGGGCGCUGCCCGUGGUUCCUCCCACGCCGCGCACGUGGUUCGCCCCACGCCCCGCCCCUCGCGCAGCGAUUGGUCUCGGAGCAACUUCCUGUCUCGGAGACACUUCCGGUCCCGGCGCAACUUCCGCUUCCGGCGCGCCGUGCGAAGGAGCCGCGGCGGGGCCAUGGCGCCGCGCCGGCUGUGAGGGCCAUGGCGGCCCCGCACGGAGAGAAGCUGGAGGGAGGCGUCCCGGCCCCGCCGCCCCCGCCGGGGCCCCCGCACCCCGCGGGCAGCGCCGCCGUCGGCGGGCCCGGCCGGAAGCAGGGGAAGGCAGGUCUGCAGAUGAAAAGCCCCGAGAAGAAGCGGCGGAAAUCCAACACGCAGGGCCCGGCAUACUCCCACCUGUCGGAGUUCGCCCCGCCGCCCACCCCUAUGGUGGAUCAUUUGGUGGCCUCCAACCCCUUCGAGGAUGACUUCGGGGCCCCCAAGGUGGGGGCUGCGGCCGCUCCUUUCCUGGGCAGCCCCGUACCGUUCGGCGGCUUCCGAAUGCAGGGCGGGGGAAUGGCGCCUCAGGUCCCCCCCGGGUACGGAGGGGGCCCGCAGCCCAUGCGGCGGCAGCCGCCCCCCUUCGCCCCCGGGCAGAUGGGUCCGGCUUUCGGCAUGCCCCCCCAGAACCCCGGCUACGUCCAGCCCGGGGGGAUGAGCUUCCCCGGGCAGCCUUUCAACCAGCCCCCCCUCGGACAGAACUUCAGCCCUCCCACAGGGCAGCUCAUGCAGGGGCCCGUCGGGGGCUUUGGGCCCAUGAUGUCCCCCACCAUGGGGCAGCCUCCCAGGGGGGACAUGGGCCCCGGCCCUGCCCUGAACCCCCCUGGCGGGCCAGCCAUGGCGCAGCGCUUCAGCCAGCCCAGCAACCUCUUUGGACAGUCCCCCAUGCAGCGCCCCGGCCAGAACAUCCCCCCCCUCCCCCCUAACGCCAGCCCUUUCCCCGGGGCAGACCCCGGCUUCCCCGCUGGCGGAGAGGAGGGGGGCAAAAACCUGAACCCCCCCACCAGCACCUUCCCUCCAGAGCAGCACUCGGGCUCCCCGGCUGCCGUUAACGGGGCGCAGCCCAGCUUUGCCCCCACCAGCACCGGCCGUGGGGGAGGCACUCCUGAAGCCAACAGCCUCCCACCCCCCAGCAAGGCAGCUGCCGGCUCGGGGCACCAACCCCCCCCCGGCCUGGUGUACCCGUGUGGGGCUUGCCGUAACGAGGUGAACGACGACCAGGAUGCCAUCCUGUGCGAGGCUUCCUGCCAGAAAUGGUUCCACCGGGAGUGCACGGGGAUGACGGAGAACGCCUACGGGCUGCUCACCACCGAGGCCUCCGCCGUCUGGGCCUGUGACUUCUGCCUGAAGACCAAGGAGAUCCAAUCUGUGUACGUCCGCGAGGGCAUGGGACAGCUGGUGGCUGCCAACGACGGCUGAUGCCCCACCGACCCCCACGUUGUACAGAACCCCGCGCUGUUUUAGGACCAAACCCCCUUUUGUAGCCGUCGGACCCGCGAGCGCAGGAUGGCACCUGGUGAUGCUCCCCACCGCUGUGGACUCUGGCUGUGCAGCACCGGGCUGGGGCUGUGGGGGUCUCCACGGUGGCCCAGCCUUCCCCGUGCCCCCGGGGUGGGCUCUGUGCGACGCCCAGGCCCGCUGUUCCCCCCUUCCCCCCUUUCAGAUCCGGUCUCCGCCUCCCUGAGCUCGCUGCGGUUUCGCUCCCCCCCAUCCCCCCCCCGCCCCGAUUUUAGCAGAACGGUAAUGGAAACUUUUGUAUCGUCGCUAUAAAACUCUCAAACCGCCGUUGUCCGUGUCUCCGUCCGCUGCCUUCCGCUCCCUCCGCCCCACUUCUGCCGUUGCCCGCCCCUUCGGGCCGUCGCUGCCAUUGGCUGCGCUCAUCACGUGCGCUCCCCGUCCCGAGGGCGGUGACCGGGACCGGGAGAAAGUUACGGAGCGGGACCGCGUCCGGCUGCGCCUCGGAGCGCC